UUUUCUUGCCCUUUGGAAGGCGUUCAGAGCUUGCUUGGCGAGGGCUUCCUGCUUUACGAGGGGAGGCGCAUUGUGCAACGCUGUUUUCCCCGUGUUUCUGGGACUAUACGAGUGAGAGACAAUAUAUGACACUUCACACUUGAUCUUCGCCAAAAGGCCCAUCCAUACUGGGGUUGAAGAGGAGGUAGAAAGAGAGAGACGGGCUGAACACUCCGCUACUGGCGAGGGUUUCCACUCUUGUCAUCGUGACUGUGGUGCAGAACUUUCAAGAUGCCAGCAGCACUUGCAGAAAACAGUCAAGUGAUCUGUGAAGUGUGGGCAAACAAUCUAGAAGAAGAGAUGAGGAAAAUCCGAGAAAUUGUUCUCAGCUACAGCUAUAUUGCAAUGGAUACAGAGUUUCCUGGAGUUGUCGUUCGACCCAUAGGUGAAUUUCGUAGCUCUAUUGACUACCAGUAUCAGCUGCUCCGGUGUAAUGUUGAUCUCCUGAAAAUCAUCCAGUUGGGCCUGACUUUCACAAAUGAGAAAGGAGAAUAUCCUGCUGGAAUCAACACCUGGCAAUUUAACUUCAAGUUCAACCUUACAGAAGAUAUGUAUUCUCAAGAUUCUAUAGAUCUUCUUGCAAGCUCUGGACUGCAGUUCCAGAAACAUGAGGAAGAAGGGAUUGAUACCUUGCAUUUUGCAGAGCUGCUUAUGACCUCGGGUGUAGUACUCUGUGACAAUGUCAAAUGGCUUUCAUUUCACAGUGGCUAUGACUUUGGUUAUAUGGUGAAACUGCUGACAGAUUCAAGGCUUCCAGAAGAAGAACAUGAGUUCUUUCAUAUCCUGAACCUUUUCUUCCCAUCCAUAUAUGAUGUUAAGUACUUAAUGAAGAGCUGCAAAAACCUGAAGGGAGGUCUUCAAGAAGUUGCUGACCAGUUAGAUUUGCAGCGGAUUGGACGGCAGCAUCAAGCUGGGUCAGACUCACUACUCACAGGGAUGGCAUUCUUCAGAAUGAAAGAGUUGUUCUUUGAAGAUACAAUUGAUGAUGCAAAGUACUGUGGGAGAUUAUAUGGCCUUGGUACUGGAGUGGCUCAGAAACAGAGUGAAGAUGUAGAAACAGCCCAAGAAAAAAUGAGUAUUUUGGCUAUUAUCAACAAUAUGCAGCAGUGACAAGUAGGUCUCAUUUAACAUAAGGGGCCAUGGAGGUAAACUGCCUCCUUAACUGUUUCUCAUCUCUCUUUUUUAAAAAAGGCAGAACUUCUAGAGUUUCCAUAGAGGGCAAAAAGCAUCUUCAAUGUCAAAUCCUAGAAAAUGCUAAUCAAGUGGUUUUUUUAAUUACUGGUAUAGUAUUUUGCCUCUAUGGACAGAAGGACAAAUUACAAUGUAUAUACCUCUUUUCUUUUAAGUCUGACUGAAUUUGCAAGGAGUAAAUCAUUUCAGAACUUUCAGCAGAGCUGAGGUUUUCUUGCGCACUUGCAGAUUCAGCUUUUGAAAGCUUAUUGUAAAACUUCUUUUGCUCUCUGUGAGGGUGAUGAGUUUUUCAGCCCUCUGCUAGUUUUUACCUUUUGUGUAAGUCAAUUUGUGAUCCGUUCAACCCUGGUGGUGGAGAUAAUGCAUGAAACAUCUGUCUCAGUAGAAGUCAUAAAGGUAGUAUUUGACUAGCAUUACACCUAGCGCCUCCUUCCUUUAGAUUGCCAGGCCAUGGAGUACUAUAUUAAGUUUAAUCUUUACUGUAGACCGGAAUAAAGUUGUCUGCAUGCUUGAGACUGAAGUUAACAGUUCGGACCAAAACUCUUUCAGUUGCUUUCACUUUAGGUGAAAUACUUUACCUUCUAAUAACUGGAGGUUCUUAAGUGAAUAAAAUUACAUGUUGUAUUUAAGAUUUUACAACCAGUAAAAAUUAAAACUUCUAGAUUUCCCUUUUAUACUACAUUACAGCCCCAGAUUGUUGAAAAUGACUGUAGAGUAAGAAGCUAUUCUGAAGUGUAUUUGAUACUUCUGCAAGUCUCAUACAGUCCUGAAAACCAAAUGGAAGGCGACAACAGUCUGGUAUUUUAACAAGCUUAAACUCUCCACUAUGCACAUAUUGGAAGCUGGUGUUAAAUGCUUGUGUGUAUAUAUAUUAUUGGUUCUUAAUUUUGUAAAAUAAAGAAUUUUCUUAAGGCAUGAGACUA